AUGACGAAUGAGCAAAAGGUGUCGCGGUCCACCACUGGAGAGCACUUUUACGAGCUCAUCGACGCGGAGGUGUCCGAGCUGAGCGGCGGCAGCUUCGAGGCAUGCGCGCGCGAGAUGCUGGCGAUCUACCCGGGCGCGGGGGCGGGAUACGGUGUGGCGACGCCCGAGCUGAUGGCCUUUUGUGCAGAGACGGCGCGGCAGUCGGGCGUGCUGCUCGAUCACACCUACUCGGGCAAGGCGCUCUACUACUUUGCGCAGGCCGCGCGCGCGCAGCCCGAGCGCUUCCGCGGCAAGCACAUCCUCUUUUGGCACACGGGAGGCGCGCCGGCGCCCCAAAAGUGGAAGGUCCUUUUUUAA